GCCUUUAAAUGUCCAUCUUACUGCCUGUUGGUGGUAGUCAGCUGCUCGUCUCCCUGCUCGACCUCGCGAUGUCCCCAAAGAAGCCACAGAUUUGGUACGUCUGUCGCCUCCCCCCUGGCAGAUUACAGUGUGGGCUCUGGUUGGGAUUAGAGGAGGUGGAUUUAAGGAGGCCGUCAGAGAGCGAGGGGGGGGCCAGACGCCUGCGGUCUGGCGGUGCUCCCUGCAGGGGCCUCCGGAAGGACACGGGCAGCAGGCCGGUGGACGGGCAUUGCCACUCCGGCAUCAUUCUCCGAGGGCCUCGUUCAUGGUGUAUUCACAAAGAAUAGAAGAAUAAAGUACUGAGAAGAUGGAGGAAACGUAUCUUCUGCAUCACCCUGGGGUUAAGAAGAAGAUCCUUCAUGGAGGUCUGGGAUUAAUGCCUCACUUUCCUCCAGGGACAAAACUCGUGUUCCACUUCCAGACGACGAAGGACGACUUUGAGAAGACAGUGAUCGAUGACAGCCGUAGAGGCAAGCGGCCCAUGGAGAUAUUUGUGGGCAAGAUGUUCAAGAUGGAGGUGUGGGAAGUCCUACUGACCUCCAUGAGGGUUGGCGAGGUGGCAGAGUUCUGGUGUGACGCUAUUCACACCGGCUUGUACCCCAUGGUCUCCAAGGGCAUGCGGCACAUCGCCCAGGGCAAAGACCCCCUGGAAGGGCAGAAGCACACGUGCGGCAUGGGAAACAUGUUCUACUACAACUGCUCGGGCUUUCCAGAGCUGGACGAGCUGAUGAAGGAACCCCAGCCGCUCAUCUUCAUCAUGGAACUGCUCUCGGUUGGUGACCCCUUCUCCUACAAGCGGGAGUCCUGGAUGAUGGGGAAGGAUGAGAAGCUGCAGGUCGUCCCAUCACUGCACCUGCAGGGCAACACCCUGGUGAAGCAGGGUCACUUCUGUGAGGCUGCCAGCAAGUACCAGGAGGCCGUGGUGCUGCUGAGAACUGUGCAGUCCAGGGAGAUGCCGGGCGACGAGGUCCAUGUCAACCUGGAGCGGCUCAUCGUCCCGCUCGUGCUGAACUACUGCCAGUGCAUGCUGGAGCUGCAGGAGUUCUAUGAGGUUCUGGAGCACACCACAGAGCUCCUGGAGAAACACAAAGACAAUGUCAAGGCCUACUACAAGCGGGCUAAGGCCCACGCGGCAGUGUGGAACGAGACGGAGGCCCGCCAAGACUUCCUCACUGUGGCCAGGCUGGAUGUCACCCUGGCUGCGCUGGUGCAGCGAGAGCUGAGGCACCUGGCCGACAGGAUGCGGGAGAAGCACCUGGAGGAGAAGAAGAGCUACUGGGCCAUCCUGCAGGACAAAGGAGGGCAGACCAGUCUACGAGCGGAUGGGGGGAAAGGCAAGGCCACAGCCCCUGAGGAGGGUGCUGGGGGCACCUCACACGGUCCCGGGGAAGAAGAAACACCGGAGUCAAAAACGGGCCAAAGCGGGAACCAGGAAGCAGCCGGAAAACGCGGAGAAAGGCAGGAAACCCGACGGGGUGCUUCUGCGCGGACGGAGGGGAAGGACUGGCAGCAAAUGCUCCGGCUGGUUCCUCUGCUUCAGGACGAGGGCAACUUCCUGGUGAAAGAGCUCCGCUACCUGGAGGCCGCUGAGAAGUACCAGGAGGCCAUUGAGUACAUUCGUUCCCUCCAAGACACGUUGGACGUCGACCAUAAUAAGGAAGACUGGGAUUCCCUGGAGAAGCUGCAUCUCCCCCUGUCUCUGAACCUCAGCCAGUGCAUGCUGGAGCUGGGCGAGUACCAGCAGGUGCUGGAGGCCAACAAGAAGCUGCUGAGAAAACACAGAGGGAACCUGAAGGCGAUGUACCAGUCUGCACGGGCUCACGCAGCUCUGCACCAGGAGGACGAGGCCCGUAAGUCCUUUGCUCACAUCGCCAAGCUGGACCCCAAGUUCAAGCCCAUUGCCUGUAUGGAGCUGAAAAAGAUGAGGGAGAACAUCCGGGCCAAGCAUGUGCAGGAGAAGAGGAGCUACUGGGCAGUGGCGGAGGAGAGGUGGGGUCGAGGCGGGCCUGGGAAAAAUGGGGAAGCGGCUCAGCGGGGGAAAGAGGCAGGGGCCCUCAGAGGGGAUAGAGUGCAGCUUGUAAGGACCACAAAGAACAGGGAGAGCAAAGAUGGGCAAGAAACCACAAAGACGACAAAAUCACUGCCGGGUCCCAGUGUGCAGAUGGCAUCAAAGAGUCAAGGAACGGUGGACCACAGUGUGGAAAUAGCAUCAGAGAACCAAAGAACAGUGGAUCCCAAUGUGGAAAUAGCAUCAGAGAACCAAAGAAUAGUGGAUCCCAAUGUGGAAAUAGCAUCAGAGAACCAAAGAAUAGUGGAUCCCAAUGUGGAAAUAGCAUCAGAGAACCAAAGAAUAGUGGAUCCCAAUGUGGAAAUAGCAUCAGAGAACCAAAGAAUAGUGGAUCCCAAUGUGGAAAUAGCACCAGAAAACUGAAGAACAGUGGACUCCAGUGAAGAGAGGAUGUCAGAGAACUGGAGAAAUAUGGACCCUAGUUUGGAAAUAGUACCAAAAACCUGGGGAGAGGGUAUCAGAGAAUUCACCUGGAGAAAAGGAUAAUAGGCACACAGGUCUGAUUAUCAGUAUAGAAGCGUAAUGCCUCCAGCACAAAGAUUUGAGUACAGGACACCUUGGAACCUUCGCAGUCAGACAUGGGCAGUGCCAAGACCAUUUGGGAAUUGGACGAUGACCUGGGUCAUGGAGAUCCGGAACACUUAGCUGGGUAACAUCACAUCAAUAGAACAAAGUGAAUGGGAGAGGGUGUUUGCUGAGGUGGAUAUCAGCAAUGAGGAUGGGAGGGAGGCUGACUUGAGAAAGACAAAUGCGGAGGAGGAGCAGGAAUGCGUUUGGAACUAUCAGAGUGACACCACAAAUAACAUUCAUCAAAAAACACGAAUUCAGGUUCCAAGUAAAUAGGACUGAAGCAGGAGGCAAUAACAUUGUAAUUAGCAAAAUAAAUA